AUGGCCCACACAAUCCGCCGUCUAUACAGCAGCAUCCCCAUCCCCUCCUCUCCCUCGGCACCCAGCAUCGCCUCCCAAUUCUUCGCCAAAGCGCACUCGCAGCCCCCAUCCACACAAUCCCAACUCCUCGACGCCAACCAGCUGCAGCGCCUAUCAGCCACCCUCUCCCGGACGCAGCUCUCUCGCUCGCUGCCGGAGAAUGGCACGCCUCUGCCUCCGUGCUACCAUCUAGCCUACUUCACGCCAUCGCAGGUCGAGGAGGAGCUGGGGCGCGAUGGCACGGACACGACGUUCAACCCUCCACGUCCGUUUACGAGGCGCAUGUGGGCGGGGGGAGAGCUGGAGUGGCCGGUGCCGGGCAAGGGGGUGUUGGGAUUGAGGGUUGGCCAGCAGGUUACCGAGACUACGAAGCUGGUGUCCGCAGUAGGCAAGAGAACGGGAGCGGGCGAGGAGAUGGUCGUUGUGGGCGUAGAGAAGGAGUAUAAUAAUAGCGAGGGCGUAGCUCUCAUCGACAGGAGAAACUGGAUCUUCCGUCCCGAGAUCACAGAACCCCAAGCCCCAGCCGCCAGACCGGCAGAAGUCCCAUUACCGUCCGGUCCCCACACGCGUGACUUCACACAGACGCCCGUGUCACUUUUCCGCUUCUCAGCUCUAACAUUCAACGCCCACAAGAUCCACUACGACCGCGCGUGGUGCCGAGAAGUCGAGGGACAUCGCGACCUCGUAGUUCACGGCCCUCUGAAUCUGAUCAACAUAGUGGAUUUCUGGAGAGAUGUCAGAGGUGGCAAUGCUAGUCCCAAGAAAAUCACGUAUCGGGCUACGAGGCCGUUGUAUGCUGGAGAGAGGUAUAGGAUUGUGAUGGGCGAUGAGAAGGACGGGGUUACGGAGGCGAGGAUAGUGGAUUGUUAUGGUGGCGUGGGAAUGCUUGGUCGGAUAGAGAGUUUUUGA